GUUUAUCGCUCUCAAAAGCAAGCAUCCGCAGCUAGUACCAGAUACUUUCUCACCACACCGAAUCCUGUUCUUUCUACGUCUCUUCGAAGAUGUUCUACCCAUGACGCUUCGCUUCGAUUUGCGUUUAAUUGUUGAAGUGUACACGGCCCUUUUCCACACGCAACCGGCAUAUAUAUGAUCGAUAUAUUUCCAAGUUUUUGAGUCGAACAAUUGCUUCACUACAUCGUAUGGAUUUUGAUUGUCGAAGCACUGCGAGUCGGAAAGGGGCGAUUUUUUUGAUAAAACUGAAGUUUGGAUCUUCGGAUUUUGGCGUGUUAGAUGGCUCAAGUAGGGAUUUUGAAGUAUUUUAACGUGCUAGGGGACCUUGAUUUUGCCUUAUUUUGAUGUGGUUUUGAGAGAGUACUGUUAAAGGUUCUACUUUAUUUUUUUUUCCUGUGUAAUGGAGCCUCCAAGUGGUUUUUGGUCGACUCUUUGGAGGCUAUUCUACUUCUUGCCCUUCUUCCUCGGUCUGCUACUUCUGGGCAGCAUUAAAGGUCAGUUUCCUUUUCUCUUUCUGUAGUAGAUCCAGUGAUGCAUUUCCAUCGCUUUGUUUAGAUGGCUUGCAACAUUUUCUUGUAAGUUGGAUUGUAUAUUUUACUCCUUAUUUUUCUGUCACAAAUUGUAGUACAAAAGGCUUUAUUAACAACUAGUCUUCCCCUGUUUUGGACUAACUUUCACAUAAGAUCGAGAGAUCGUAUCCUAAUUAGAUGCUUCUGUUCUGCUUUUCUGUCGCUGAGCGUCUCCUUGUGAAUUGCGAAAAGUAUAGAAGAAGUGCAUGGUGUUUCCUAUUGGCUUAAAAUAGAGCAUUUACGGAAUAGUUUUUUGGCACUUGUCCAUUUUAAUUUUCAAUUCUCUUCCUUCUUCUUAUUAUCGAAAGAAUCUAUAAUUGGUAUAUGUACUUUGUCUAGUGCAAAUACUCAUCUUUAUUUCACUAAUCUUAACUUUCCACUUCAGGUAUUUUGCUUUGCCCCAUUGUCUGUCUUGUCAUGACCACCGGCAAUUCUGCCAUCAUUUUGGGUCUUUGGCCUGUACAUGCAUUUUGGACAUUUUAUUGUAUAGCAAGGUAUCUUGGGGAGUGCCCUCAUUGGAGCAGGUUAUGGAUUUCUAAUGCCAGUAAUGGCUACAUUUGAUGCUAUUGGGGAAGGAAAGCAAGAUAAGUUUCUUCAUUGUAUUAUGGAUGGAACAUGGAAUACGAUUAGGGGAAGUUGUACAGUUGUUAGAGAUUUGAAAGAUGUUUGUUUCCAUUCAUACUUCUCAAUCAUGGAUGAUCUUCGUCUUCAAGAUGCUCCAAAUGGGACACCAUAUGAGAUCAGGUUAAGCUGUCUUCCUGGUGCCUUGUUAGCUGGUGUUCUUGGAAUUCUCGUUGACCUGCCUAUGAUUAGCUUACUUGCCCUGUUUAAGAGCCCAUAUAUGCUUUUCAAGGGAUGGAACAGGCUGUUUCAUGAUCUUAUUGGCCGUGAAGGUCCAUUUCUUGAGACAGUAUGUGUGCCUUUUGCUGGCCUUGCUAUUCUCCUCUGGCCGGUAGCAGUUGGAGGUGCUGUUUUUGCCUCAAGCAUUUCAAGCUUGUUUUUAGGGGGAUAUGCAGCUGUGGUUGCUUACCAGGAGUCAUCGAUCAAGAUGGGUGUGGCAUAUAUAGUCUCUUCCUUGUCAAUGUUUGAUGAAUACAGCAAUGAUGUUGUUGACUUACCUGAAGGAUCUUGCUUUCCUAGGUAUCAAUAUCGCACUAACCAACAGACAUCAAGAAGUAGCACAUUCUCAAUACCUCCCUCUUUCAGUCAGAGAAAACAAGAUUCCAAGAACCCUUCACGAACCGCAUCAUUCAAGAACGCAAUGGCAGAAGUGAAACCGUUGAAGUUGCUUGAGCACCUAUUUGCUGAGUGCAAGUUACAUGGUGAGAAUCUGGUUGCUGAAGAAGUUAUAACUCCAAAAGAUGUGAAGGAGUUCAAGUCUGGUAAGGCUGGAAACUCCAUCAUAAGCAUUGGUUUGCCUGCAUAUUGUAUCCUUCAAGCACUUGUUCGUUCUGCUAAGGAGAAUGUGGAUGGUUUACUCCUAAGCGAUCAUACAGAAGUAAUGACCCAAAACAGACCCAAAGAUACCUUCUUCGAUUUUUUCUUUGAUCCUCUGAUGAUCAUUAAGGAACAGAUCAGGGUAGAGAAUUUCACUGAAGAGGAAGAGGACUACCUCUUCAAGUUGGUUUUGUUGCUAGGCCAUCCUGAGAGACUUAGCCGUGUAGCUGCUGCAUGGCCACAUCAAAACGAGCGAAGACUAGCUGAAAUCAGCGCCAUAGCUCGGAGGUUGCGAGGAAUCACAAAGUCUAUAUCAAGGUACCCCACCGUGAGGCGCCGAUUUGAUGAACUCCUGAAGACAUUCUCUGAAGAGUUGGAGAGGAAAAUGGGAGGGAGCCGAUCUAUCAACAGAUUUCACUCAAGCCGAAGCUUCUUAAAGGUGCUUAGCUUGAAUUCCUUGGAAAUUAAAGCAAGCACGCACGAGAUGGAUGAAGAGGCACAGUUAGCAAGUAGUUCGAUAGUUCUUGCUUAGUUGUAGUUUCAUCAGCAUUUUUUUGUUUUUUCCUGCCCCGCCAUGUUUGUAAAUGAAUUUGCAGCUAAGUAGAGUUGAAUGAAGAUGCAUGUUACUGUAGGCUAUCUGAUGAUUGAGCUACAUGGUAUAUAUAUGUUAUGUAUUUGCAUGAAUUAAUGUAAAAUGAUAGAAAUGAUGGCUUUUGCGAAA